AUGAUUUAUAUGUUAUAUGAUCUCGUCUUACAAGGUGUUCAUUUCUGCAAUGCUUUUUUGACUUUAGGACGACCAUGCGGCUUCUUUGAAGCACAGUUUUAUUCUUGUAUGGAAGCCUUUGGAAGCAAACUGGGAAGGCUUUACUGCGAUCUAGAGCAUCGGGAUUAUACGGAGUGUCUUACACAGGAAAAGUCGAAAAAACGAUGGAUGGCUAUUCGUAACGAACGACGUAGAAAGUUUUGGAAGGGCGAACUGGAUAAAGCUUUCUUAGAUGAUCAUCCACAACCCGGAGGGUAUGAACCGGAUUAUUUCUCAUGGAAUCGUGUCAAUUAG